UGUAGACAGGACACAUGUCACUCUGGGAAUAGUGAGGAACCCCUCUUAAAAUCACUCGAACUUCAGUGUGAGAGGAACACUAUGGUAGCACUGCUGUAGCUCCUGGAGGGAUUCUCUCGGUUGGGAUUCUAAUAUAUCAAGCUGCGGGGCGACCAGGGUGGCCGGGAUGCCACUGUGUGCCCUGCCAGUCCACGGUGGAUGCUGAGGGGCAGGAGGACGGAGUGGUGGGGACGAAGUGUAGCAGGCUGGGAGGGCAGCACACAUCUGGAGACAUGAAUCUGUGCUGGAACGAGAUCAAACGCAAGUCCCACAACAUCCGGGUGCGGCUCGAGGCGUUCUCCGACAACAGUGGGAAGCUGCAGCUCUCCCUGCAGGAGAUCAUAGACUGGCUGACGGCCAAGGACGAGGAGCUGUCGGAACAGCUGCCCAUAGGGGGCGAUGUGGGGGCCGUCCAACACCAAAGGGAGUUCCACCAGGUCUUCAUGGAGGAUGUCAAGUCUCGGGGGCCCUUCAUCUACUCGGUGCUGGAGUCUGCCCAGGCGUUCCUGACACAGCACCCCUUCCAGGAGCCCGAGGAGACGCUGCCCGACGGAAAAGAAGUGUCUCCGAGGAAACGGAUCCUGAACGUGAGUCGCUCGGUUUGGAAGCAGGCCAAUGUAACCAGUGACCUGUGGGAGAAGCUGACUGCCCGCUGCGUGGAUCGACACAGGCACAUGGAGCGGACCCUGGAGCGACUGCUGCAGACGCAAGCAGCCAUGGAGGAGCUGGCGAUGGCCCUGGAGCAAGCUGAGGGCGUCCGGGAUGCAUGGGAGCCUGUAGGGGACCUCUUCAUCGACUCCCUGCAGGACCACAUUGACGCCACCAAGUUGUUUAAGGAGGAGCUGACGCAGGUGAAAGAGGGCAUGAAGCACAUCAAUGACCUGGUUCAUGAGCUGGCCAUCUCUGACGUCCAUUUGUCCAUGGAAAACUCCCACUCCCUGGAGCACCUCAACAGCCGCUGGAAACUACUGCAGGCCUCCAUUGAAGAGCGUCUGAAGCAGCUGCAAGAUGCUCACAGAGACUUUGGCCCUGGAUCCCAGCACUUCCUGUCCAGUUCAGUGCAGAUACCCUGGGAACGUGCCGUCUCGCCAAACAAAGUGCCCUACUACAUCAACCAUCAGGCCCAGACGACGUGCUGGGACCAUCCAAAAAUGACGGAGCUGUACCAGGUGCUGGCGGAUCUGAACAACAUCAAGUUCUCAGCGUACCGGACAGCCAUGAAGCUGCGGCGGGUGCAGAAGGCUCUGAGAUUGGACCUGCUGAGGCUGGUGAGUGUGGUGGACGUGUUCAGGGAGCAGGAUCUGCAGCAUGGGGAACAUGUGAUGGAUGUGGUGGAGAUGAUCCAUGCCCUGACUGGCCUGUAUGAGAGACUGGAGGAGGAGAGGAGGGCCAUCGUGGUCAACAUCCCUCUCUGUGUGGACAUGUGUCUCAACUGGCUGCUCAACGUCUACGACAGUGGUCGCAAUGGGAAGAUGCGCGUCCUCUCCUUCAAGACAGGACUGGUGAGCCUCUGCAAUGCGGAUGUUCAGGAGAAGUAUAAAUACCUGUUCAGGCAGGUGUCUGGUCCAGGGGGUCUGACAGACCAGCGUUACCUCACUAUGCUGCUCUAUGAAGCCAUCCAGAUCCCGCGACAGCUGGGAGAGGUGGCCGCCUUCGGGGGGAGCAACGUGGAGCCCAGUGUACGCAGCUGCUUCCGUAUGGCCCCAGGGAAGCCAGCCAUCGAGGUAUCUCAUUUCCUGGAGUGGAUGAGCCUGGAGCCCCAGUCUGUAGUGUGGCUGGCUGUUCUACAGCGUGUGGCAGUGGCCGAGUCAGCCAAGCACCAGGCCAAGUGUUACAUCUGUAAACAGUGCCCCAUCAAGGGAUUCAGGUACCGCAGUCUGAAACAAUUCAACGUGGACAUCUGCCAGACGUGCUUCCUCACGGGACGCACCACCAAGGGAAAGAAGCAGCUCCAAUAUCCCAUCAUGGAGUACUACACCCCAACCACCUCAGGAGAGAAGAUGCGGGACUUUGCCAAGACGCUGAAGAACAAGUUCCGGUCGAAGCAGUACUUCAGUAAGCACCCUCAGCGGGGCUACCUGCCUGUCCAGUCGGUGCUGGAGGCCGAGAGCUCUGACACGUGAGUCAUACCCCUAUAGACACAGACGGCUAGAUAAACUGGCACU